UGCUCAGGCUACAUACUGCCAAGGGGAGGCAAGCAAGAGAGGGGGGAAAAAGACAUUAUUUUCUUCUCCUGUGAGGUCUUUGAAAAGCAAAGCAACAGCAUCUUUAGACAAGAUGUGCUCUUGCAGGAAUUUAAGUGGAAGAGACAAAGAAACCAUGCUACCAGCAGCAUCAGAGAAAAAAACUGAAAUCACCAGGCAAUAAGAAUUCAGUCCAGAGAAUCUGAGGAGAAGAAAAAGCAAACUGGCAAACAGAGACCAGUCAGGAAAUAAUUCAUAUAGAAAAGGAUACAAAAAAAGUGGUGUUUGUAACAUUUUCACAGCAGCAUCGCCAUAAAGAAAUUCUGUUCUGGAAUUUCCAUCAGGGAGCGACGAGCACUACGAUUAAGAUCCAAACGACAUCCUCAGUGCUGCAGCUUCUCCAAAGAACACCUUCCCUUUCCACAGGGAGAUCAGCAUCAAGAGAGGAAAAAAAACUCCCAAAAAUCAUCCUGAUGGGAAUAACUAUCCAAAACAUCACAGGAAACACAGCAAUGGUAAUUUGGCCAAAAAUGGCCAGUUGUGUCGACAGCUUUUACAGCAUCAUGUACCACCCUAACUGGAACAGCAUGCUGUCCAGCUACUCCAGAAAGAGCUUCCAGAGGGAAGAGAGGGUGCCCACCACUCGCUCCUCCUUUGUGGUUGAAAACCUGACUCCCCUGACGACGUACAUCAUGUGCGUGACCUGCCAGUCCGCAAACCCCUCCAGCGACCAGUGCAGAGUUUUCAACACGCUGGAACGAGACCCCGCGUCGGCGAGCAGCACCAAGAAGGAGCUGGCUCUGGGCAUCUGGCUCACCAGCGGCGUGCUGCUCCUCAUCAUCGCCGCCGUGCUGCUCUACGGCUGCCUGCACCUCCUCUGCCGCAGGAGACACCAGCACCUGCAAGAGCGGGGCGGCAGCUCCAAGCGGGAGCCUGAGGGGCCGUGGACCAAAAGCACGGCCCACGCCUCGGAUGAGCACGGCAGGCAGAGCCAGCACACACAGGACGCUGAGGAAAAGCAUCCGGGUGGCAUCCAGCUGGCCACAAUCAUAGAGAAUCCCUCGGUGCGCAAUGAGCCCAUCGUGACAUCUUCGAAAAGUCAGGAGCGAGUCCCAGUGACAGGACAGUGCUCUGCUACAAAUUAGAAAGGUUUUUGCCACAUGGGGUACCCCAGCUACUUCAAACGCAUCAGAUGCACUGUUGGUGCUCACAACAGGGAGCUCGGACUGCUCACUGCAGCACUUCUGGCUGUACCUCUGAUUUCACACCCCUUUCCAACAGCCUGUAUGCAAAGGUUCACAUGCCCAAGAA